UUUCAAGGCAAAGCGCUUCUUGGCACAUGUUCAAGUUGUCUCAAGUUUUGUUAGCCUUCUCUCUCGGUUACUUCUGCUUUGUGUCGUGGUCGUUGUUUGAAGUAUUUUUCCCUUCGAACUGUAAAGGACCAUCAGGAUGCAUAACACCAGGAUGGAAGCCAGACGACGAACUCAAGGUAUUCCUUAUUUAUAUUUAUAUUUUCCUUGAAGAUACAUUUACAAUUUAUAAAAGGAGGGGUUUUCAUUGGAGAUAUUUCAACAACUGAGACUUUUAAAAUCAAUACUCGAUUAUUAAAGUAACUUUUUCAAGUUCUAAACUCACUUUUGAAGGAAAUAUAACUGCAUGGUCGACGUACCUUUGACUAGCGAUUCUAUCGCAACUGUUCGCUUACGCUUGCUGACGAGUACCGGCUCAAUCAUUUCGAGCAAUGAUUUUAGCCUAUUGACUCAUAAGGAGGCAACUCGAACAGCUUUCAACUUGAUGACCAGCCAUGGAUCACCCAACAAUUCAAACAAGGAUCAUGGUUUGCUUGCGCCGUUUUGGCUAUCAACACUGCGUGUAUAUGUUCUUCAAACCCCAGUGUCCUUCAGCCGAUAUAAUGUGCCUGGUGAAAUAGUUCGGCGUAUUCAGCUUAGCUCAAAGGGGUAUUUGCCAGUGAUAUAUGUUAACCCCAAUUUUCAAGCCUCAAGUGAUUGGUUAGAAGUCAACCAACCACCUGAAAAUCGUCGAUUAGAAAUGGUCCUAUCCAUUGAGCCACUUUCGAUUGGACAUUUGCGUUUGCGGUGUAUGUUGGAGGCAGUGGCUGAUCAGUUACUCUCUUAUGGUAUAAAAUCAAAGGAGAUUGACGAGAUACGUGGUUUUUUUCUCGACACCAAUUUAUACCUUCUGCUGACCACAUUAUUUGUUUCUGUUUUCCAUCUGUUGUUCAGUUUUCUGGCGUUUAAAAAUGAUAUUUCGUUUUGGCGUCGGUCAGAUAAUUCAGUUGGAAUUUCUUUACGAACUAUUGUGUGGAGAUUCGUCAGUUCCUUAAUUAUAUUUCUACAUUUAUGGGAAGAGAAAAGUAGCCUACUAGUUUCUGUUCCAAUGGGAAUAUCUACUUUGAUAGAAUUGUGGAAGUUAGGUCGAAUGACUAAAUUUUCUAUUAGUUUUUAUCAUGGUGUCCGAUGGGGUAAACGAUCAAAGGAGGAAGAAGCAACCGAUCAAUUAGAUGCACAAUUUAUGCGUUGGCUGAUGUAUAUUAUGAUUCCUCUUUGUAUUGGUGGUUCGGUUUAUUCCUUAUUUUAUUUACCACAUCGAAGCUGGUAUUCUUGGUGUUUAGAGACUAUGGUUAAUGGUGUCUACGCUUUUGGAUUACUAUUAAUGACACCUCAACUUUUCCUCAACUAUCGAUUAAAAUCUGUAGCACAUUUACCAUGGAAAGCAAUGACUUACAAAGCAUUCAAUACUUUUAUUGAUGACUUUUUCGCAUUCAUAAUCGUAAUGCCUACAUCACAUCGUAUUGCUUGUUUACGUGAUGAUUUAAUAUUUGUAAUCUAUUUAUAUCAACGAUGGCUUUAUCCGGUAGACAAAUCACGUAUCAAUGAAUUUAGUGAAAUGACUGAUGAUAAUUUCCAGUCAAAGUCUACUUCUGAUGUUACAAGUUCUAACAGUGAUAAAGGGAAAUCUAAACUAGCAUGAUUGAAUUAUUUAUUGGUGUUGUUCUUGUGAUUAUUCGUAUAGUCUGGCUUUUUAUCGAUGUAUCCAAGAAAACCGUUAUUUUAUUCUAUUCUGUUUUGUUUUAAAUAUGUUUUAUUUCCGUCUUAACUCAUUUGUAUAUUUGUCAAAUGUGGAUAUUUUUUGUUUUGUUAAUUAAAUAAUCAG